AUGGGUCUUGGCUUUAGUUUUCGACUCUUGUAUCGAGUCGUUUUCUUUUCCUUCUGUCUGAUUUUCGCCUGUUUUUAUUAUGGUGGUGGUUCAGAGUAUGACAGGCGAGAAAAUAAAACAGAACAGAACAAAUUAAAAGAUGAAUUCAAAGCUAAACCCUUGAAUGUUGACGUUUCUCUUGAACAAGACGAACGCGUCCCUAACUUCACAGAAAAUGCAAAACAAAUUGAUGGCCGCAAGACGUGGAAGAAAACCGAUCUUUCAAAGAUGAUUAGAAAAGGUAAAUUUUGAAAAUGUGAGAAAGUUAGCAUUAAGCACAAGGAGUAAUUGUUAACCAUAAUUUAUUUUUAGGAAAUGCGAUGAAAACACUCGAAAGUAAAACAAUACAAAAGAGCCCAGUACUACCUUUUUCAACUUCAUCGCCGUCUGAGGUAAAAGUUCCACGCGAAGAAUCGACAACCAUCUCCCACUCAAAUAAGACAGAAUGGCAAAACGAUAGCAUCAAAAAUAUAUCUUCAUUGGAUAAUCAAUUUUUUCACCAGAAUGACUUGAGAGAAACAGCGAAAAGUGAAACGUUCGCUUCACUCACAACUCAACAUCUCCGGAACAAACGUGAAAUUGAUUCGAAAUCUGAGUAUACCCAGGAAGAUCUAUUAAUGUGCAACGAUUCAACCAUCAACGUAACAUACGACGAUGAAUACAAAGUUGGGACUGACUUUUCAAUAUUCUAUAAGAACAAGGUGUACGAUUAUACUGAGUAUCAAGUUCUGAAUGAUAGCAUAAAGAUUUGUAACUCCACCGAUAAGUUCGUAAGGAAUAUUUGGAAAGUACGCAAUAAGUGGGUAAAGGCGAGCAUGCUUCGUAAAAGUUGCAAUAAACCCAUUAGAAUAUCUGGGUUGUACCGAGACUAUUACAUUGUGAAUAAGCAGUUCAUUGUUUAUUCGGGAGGUAAUGGUCAAUAUUUAACACGAAAUAACUAUUGGGUGGAAGACGGUAAACCUUAUACAUGCGAUGAAAAGUUGAGACCCAAAUCAACAGAGUAUACCCAGGAAGAUCUAUUAAUGUGCAACGAUUCAAUCAUCAAUAUAAAAUACGAUGACGAAUACAAAGUUCGGACUGACUUUUCAAUACUCUACAAGAACAUGGUGUACGAUUAUGCUGAGUAUCGAGUUCUGAAUGAUAGCAUAAAGAUUUGUAACUCCACCGAUAACUACGUAAAGAAUAUUUCGAAAGUACGCAAUAAAUGGGUGAAGGCGAGAAUACAUAACAAAAGUUGCAAGAAACCCAUUAGAGAGUCUUGGUUGAACCGCAAGUAUUACAUUGUGAGUAAGCAGUUCACUGUCUAUUCGGCAGGUGAAGGUCAAUAUUUCACAAGAAAUGAGUAUGGAGUGGAAGACGGUAAACCUUCUACAUGCGAUGAAAAGUUCAAACCCGAAUCAACAGAGUAUACCCAGGAAGAUCUAUUAAUGUGCAACGAUUCAAUCAUCAAUAUAAAAUACGAUGACGAAUACAAAGUUCGGACUGACUUUUCAAUACUCUACAAGAACAUGGUGUACGAUUAUGCUGAGUAUCGAGUUCUGAAUGAUAGCAUAAAGAUUUGUAACUCCACCGAUAACUACGUAAAGAAUAUUUCGAAAGUACGCAAUAAAUGGGUGAAGGCGAGAAUACAUAACAAAAGUUGCAAGAAACCCAUUAGAGAGUCUUGGUUGAACCGCAAGUAUUACAUUGUGAGUAAGCAGUUCACUGUCUAUUCGGCAGGUGAAGGUCAAUAUUUCACAAGAAAUGAGUAUGGAGUGGAAGACGGUAAACCUUCUACAUGCGAUGAAAAGUUCAAACCCGAAUCAACAGAGUAUACCCAGGAAGAUCUAUUAAUGUGCAACGAUUCAAUCAUCAAUAUAAAAUACGAUGAUGAAUACAAAGUUCGAACUGACUUUUCAAUACUCUAUAAGAACAAGGCGUACGAUUAUACUGAGUAUCGAGUUCUGAAUGAUAGCAUAAAGAUUUGUAACUCCACUGAUAACUACUUGAGGAAUAUUUGGAAAGUACGCAAUAAAUGGGUAAAGGCGAGAAUACAUCAAAAAAGUUGCAAUAAACCCAUUAGAGAGUAUGCAUGGUUGUAUCAAGAGUAUUAUGCUGUGAAUAAGCAGUUCACUGUCUAUUUCCAACGGCGCGGUCAAUAUUUCACAAGAAAUGACUAUGGAGUGAAAGACAGUAAACCUUAUACAUGCAAAGAAAAGUUAAAACCGAAUCAACAGAGUAUACCCAGGAAGAUCUAUUAACGUGCAACGAUUCAAUCAUCAAUAUAAAAUACGAUGACGAAUACAAAGUUCGGACUGACUUUUCAAUACUCUACAAGAACAAGGUGUACGAUUAUACUGAGCAUCGAGUUCUGAAUGAUAGCAUAAAGAUUUGUAACUCCACUGAUAACUACGUAAAGAAUGUUUCGAAAGUACGCAAUAAAUGGGUGAAGGCGAGAAUACAUCAAAAAAGUUGCAAGAAACCCAUUAGAGACUCUUGGUUGAACCGCAAGUAUUACAUUGUGAAUAAGCAAUUCACUGUCUAUUCGGCAGGUGAAGCUCAAUAUUUCACAAGAAAUGAGUAUGGAGUGGAAGACGGUAAACCUUCUACAUGCGAUGAAAAGUUCAGACCCGAAUCAACAGAGUAUACCCAAGAAGAUCUAUUAAUGUGCAACGAUUCAAUCAUCAAUAUAAAAUACCAUGAAGAAUACAAAGUUCGGACUGACUUUUCAAUACUCUACAAGAACAUGGUGUACGAUAAUAGUGAAUAUCGAAUUCUGAAUGAUGGCAUAAAGAUUUGUAACUCCACUAAUAACUACGUAAAGAAUAUUUGGAAAUUACGCAAUAAAUGGGUAAAGGAGACAAUGCAUGAAAAAAGUUGCAAUAAACUAUUUAGAACCUUCCGGUUCCCCCGGAAGUAUUACACUGUGAAUAAGCAAUUCACUGUCUAUUUGGCACCCAACAGUCAAUAUUUCACAAGAAAUAACUAUGAGGUGCACGACGGUAAACCUUAUAUAUGCAGAGAAAAGUUCAGACCCACAUCAACAGAGUAUACCCCGGAAGAUCUAUUAAAGUGCAACGAUUCAAUCAUCAAUAUAAAAUACGGUGAUGAAUACAAAGUUUGGGAUAACUUUUCAAUUCUCUACAAGAACAUGGUGUACGAUUAUUCUGAGUAUCGAGUUCUGAAUGAUAGCAUAAAGAUUUGUAACUCCACUGAUAACUACCUACGGAAUAUUUGGAAAUUACGCAAUGACUGGGUAAAGGAGAGAAUGCAUAAAAAAAGUUGCAAUAAACCCAUUGGAGGGUCUUCGUUGUAUCGAGAGUAUUACAUUGUGAAUAAGCAGUUCACUGUCUAUCUCGCAGCUACGAGUCAAUAUUUCACAAGAAAUGAGUAUGGAGUGGAAGACGGUAAACCUUCUACAUGCAAUGAAAAGUUAAAACCCGAAUCAACAGAGUAUACCCAGGAAGAUCUAUUAAUGUGCAACGAUUCAAUAAUCAAUAUAAAAUACGAUGACGAAUACAAAGUUCGGACUGACUUUUCAAUAUUCUACAAGAACAUGGUGUACGAUUAUACUGAGUAUCGAGUUCUGAAUGAUAGCAUAAAGAUUUGUAACUCCACUGAUAACUACCUACGGAUUAUUUGGACAGUACGUAAUGACUGGGUAAAGGAGAGAAUGCAUCAAAAAAGUUGCAAUAAACCCAUUCGAGAGUCUUCGUUGUAUCGAGAGUAUUACAUUGUGAAUAAGCAAUUCACUGUCUAUCUCGCAGCUACGAGUCAAUAUUUCACAAGAAAUGAGUAUGGAGUGGAAGACGGUAAACCUUCUACAUGCAAUGAAAAGUUAAAACCCGAAUCAACAGAGUAUACCCAGGAAGAUCUAUUAAUGUGCAACGAUUCAAUCAUCAAUAUAAAAUACGAUGACGAAUACAAAGUUCGGACUGACUUUUCAAUACUCUACAAGAACAUGGUGUACGAUUAUACUGAGUAUCGAGUUCUGAAUGAUGGCAUAAAUAUUUGUAACUCCACUGAUAACUACGUAAAGAAUAUUUGGAAACUACGCAAUAAUUGCGUGAAGGCGAGUAUACAACAAAAAAGUUGCAAGAAACCCAUUAGAGAGUCUAGGUUGAACCGCAAGUAUUACAUUGUGAAUAAGCAGUUCACUGUCUAUUUCGCAGCUACGAGUCAAUAUUUCACAAGAAAUGACUAUGGGGUGCGCGACGGUAAACCUCAUACAUGUGAUGAAAAGUUCAAAACCAAAUCAACAGAGUAUACCCGGGACGAUCUAUUAUUGUGCAACGAUUCAAUCAUCAAUAUAAAAUACGAUGAUGAAUACAAAGUUCGGACUGACUUUUCAAUACUCUACAAGAACAUGGUGUACGACUAUACUGAGUAUCGAGUUCUGAAUGAUGGCAUAAAGAUCUGUAAUUCCACUGAUAACUACGUACGGAAUAUUUGGACAGUACGCAAUAAAUGUGUAAAGGAGAAAAUGCAUCGAAAAAGUUGCAAUAAACCCAUUCGAGAGUCUUCGUUGUAUCGAGAGUAUUACAUUGUGAAUAAGCAGUUCACUGUCUAUCUCGCAGCUACGAGUCAAUAUUUCACAAGAAAUGAGUAUGGAGUGGAAGACGGUAAACCUUCUACAUGCGAUGAAAAGUUAAAACCCGAAUCAACAGAGUAUAUCCAGGAAGAUCUAUUAAUGUGCAACGAUUCAAUCAUCAAUAUAAAAUACGAUGACGAAUACAAAGUUCGGACUGACUUUUCAAUACUCUACAAGAACAUGGUGUACGAUUAUACAGAGUAUCGAGUUCUGAAUGAUAGCAUAAAAAUUUGUAACUCCACUGAUAACUACCUACGGAAUAUUUGGACAUUACGUAAUGACUGGGUAAAGGAGAGAAUGCAUCUAAAAAGUUGCAAUAAACGCAUUCGAGAGUCUUCGUUGUAUCGAGAGUAUUACAUUGUGAAUAAGCAGUUCACUGUCUAUCUCACAGCUACGAGUCAAUAUUUCAAAAGAAAUGACUAUGGUGUGCGCGACGGUCAACUUUCAAUAUGCAAAGAAAAGUUGAGAACUAUAUCAACAGAGUACACCCAGGAAGAUCUAUUAAUGUGCAACGAUUCAAUCAUCAAUAUAAAAUGCGAUGAUGAAUACAAAGUUCGGACUGACUUUUCAAUACUCUACAAGAACAUGGUGUACGAUUAUACUGAGUAUCGAGUCCUGAAUGAUAGCAUAAAGAUUUGUAACUCCAGUGAUAACUACGUAAAGAAUAUUUGGAAAGUACGCAAUAAAUGGGUAAAGGCACAAAUGCAUCGAAAAAUUUGCAACAACCCCAUUAUGUCCUUCUCGUUAAUCAGAGCGUAUUACACUGUGAAUAAGCAGUUCACUGUCUAUUUCGCAGUUACGAGUCAAUAUUUCACAAGAAAUGACUAUGGGGUGUACGACGGUAAACCGUAUUUAUGCGAUGAAAAGUUCAAACCGGAAUCUUUGUUAACAAAGUAUAGCCAGAAAGAUCUAUUAAUGUGCAACGAUUCAAUCAUCAAUAUAAAAUACGAUGACGAAUACAAAGUUCGGACUGACUUUUCAAUACUCUACAAGAACAUGGUGUACGAUUAUACUGAGUAUCGAGUCCUGAAUGAUGGCAUAAAGAUUUGUAACUCCACUGAUAACUACGUAAAGAAUAUUUGGAAAUUACGCAAUGACUGGGUAAAGGGAGGAAUGCAUCAAAAAAGUUGCAAUGAACCCAUUACAUACAUUCAGUUCGACCGACAGGAAUACACUGUGCUUAAGAAUUUUAGAGUUCUGAUUUUGGCAACAAAGAAGCUGAUAACGAAGUAUGAUUAUGCUGUGUUUAAAGGUAAAAUUACAACAUGUGUGACCGAAUGCGCCAAAUUUACUUUUACUAUAAUGUAUGAAGGUGAAUACAAAGUAUGGAACAACUUCUCAAUGAUGUACCAAGGUCGAAUGUACUCUUAUGAUGAGUACAGAAUAACGGAUGAUGGUCUACAAAUUUGUAAUUCUUCUGACCGUCUCAUUAAAGAAAAAUGGCGGAAUUUCAUUGUUUCGGAAAAGAUAACGAUAGCUUUCAAACAUUGUAAUGUAUCUGUGGACGGUUUUUACUCCGAAAAUUACACAUUACAUACAAACUUUACUGUUUUUUUCAAACCUACCAAUCAAAAUUUUACAAGGCAAGAUUACGGAGUGAUUUUGGGGUAUUUUGCAAUUUGUUCAAGAAAGCUCAGAUUGUCCUGCAAUGAUGAUUUGGUCAAAGUAAAGUACGGUGAACAAUACAACGUUUUUAAAAACUUUUCAGUGGUUCACAACAAAAAAAUAUACGAUUAUCGCGAAUAUCGAUUCAGCCACGACAGUCUUGAAAUGUGUGGUUCCAAUGAUUCAAGAGUUCAGGCGAUUUGGAGAACGCGAAAUUCGUGGCAAAAGUCGUUACCCGCAUCCUGUUAUCGUUCUUAUAAAUUAAAUGAAAGAUACUACAUUGUGUCAAAGCAGUUUGCUGUGUAUUCGGCAGAUAACGGUCAAUAUUUCAAAAGAAAUGACUAUGCGGUGAUAGACGGUAAACCUUAUGUAUGCGGCAAAGAAAACCUAAGACCAAUUGACGUAAUUUCAAACUUUAAGAUUAUUAUAGCACCAUUAUGUGCUUUAGCGCUUUCUAUUAUUUCUUUGCUAUUGUUGUUGAUAGUUUACUGCAUGCUUCCAGAACUGCGCACACUUCCUGGUUUGAAUUUAAUGAGUUUUAGUUUCGCCUUGCUGUUGUGGCAGACUUACCUUGUAGUAUUUUUGUCACUGUAUUCUCAUGUAGGUAAACUGUUUGAGAUACCGUGUGCUAGGCUGUUUGUAGUAAAUAAGUUUAUGACGUAUGGCAUAAUUAUGAAUGCUGCGGUUAAUAUCUAUCACUUAAGAAAAACCUUUUGCGGCAAUACUCUAGUGAAAUCUGAUGAACUGAAGAAGUGGAACAGAUUUUUGAAGUAUAGUUUCUUUAGCUGGGGAGUUCCCGUCAUUAUAACGAUUGUUUACAUUGUACUAGUAAAGAAAGAUGUUCUAAGGUUUGAUCAACAUAAUGCAUCUGUGAAGAACGCUGUUCAGUCGAGUUUAAAGUUUUAUCGACACGUAUUUGCGAAUGGAAAUCAUGAAAAUGCAACGGGAAAUGAAAUUAGGAUUUAUCAACGUAUUGCAUCCUUCAAGAAAAAUAUCCAGUCAAAGUUUAAUCAAAGCACUGUCCCUUGGAAGGAAGAUGCGACGGAAGAUGAUGCAAGGAUUUAUCAACCUAUUGUAUCUUUGAAGAAAGACGUUCAGUCAAGCUUAAAGUUUUAUGAACGCAUUGUAUUUGCGAAUGGAAAUGGGAAGGAUGAUGACGCAAGGAUGUAUCAACAAAUCUCUGGAGAUUGUAUCAAUGGUCGAAUUACUCCCGAUUGGUCAACUGCUGUUGAUGUAUAUUGCCUUCAAGGUAGUCUGUUGUUGUACAUUAUUGGAAUGUUCAUCCUCACUGCUUAUCGAAUUCGCCAAAAACUCAAGGCAAGCGGAAACAUUGCACAGAAAUCGAAUAUUGUUAAGCGUCGUAAAUUUGUCAUAUUGCUCAAGCUAUCAACCACUACAGCCUUAAGUUAUUGGUUUCCUCUCUUCAUAUCCAGAAUCGUGGAUUUUGAUUUCGACAUAAAGAUAGCGUUGUAUACUGUAACGUUGCUUACUGGUGCCUACAUUGGUAUUGCGUUUGUAUUCACACAAAGAAAUUAUCAGUUGCUCAAGAAAAAAUAUUUCCCAGCAAAGAAUAAGCCGCCAGUUAGGCCUAACGAAAUUCCGUUGAAUAGAUUAUAG